AUGGGGAAGAAAAGGAAGCCCUUGGAACGAUUUGAGCGUAAUUCGGAGUCGAAGCGCCCCAAAUCCGAGCCAACAUUUGCACCGAAAUCGAAGAAGAGGAAUCUGGACAUAGAAAUUGGAUCAGACUGGCAUGCUGUCCAACUACCCUCCAUCCCGAUCUCCGACUCCGUUGUUCAGCCACCCAAGCGUGUACUAGAUGAAUUGCACAACCAUGCCAACCAGCUCCUCGACGCCGAGGUCGCCAAAUACGAGCAGGAGACCUCGUCCCGGUCGAACUCCACGCAGCGGUUCAUGUCGACCAUCAUGACGUCCGGAACCCUGGAGGAUAAGAUCUCCGCCCUGACCUUGGGCGUCCAGGAGUCCCCGCUGCACAACAAAAAGGCCUUCGAGAGCCUCGUCAGCCUGGCGGACAAGCGCAACCGUGGCCAGUCCCUGAUGGCGCUGGGAGCGAUCAACGAUUUGCUCGCUCAAGGGUCGGUGCUCCCAUCUGACCGCAAACUUCGAUACUUUGCGAAGAAUCCCGCGCUGCUGAGCGCGCUUGAGGGACAAGAUAUGAAGAAUUGGAAGGCGGGCGACGAGCUUCCGGAACCCAUCCGGCCCGCGCACCUGAUCGUGUGGGCGUUCGAGGACUGGCUGAAGCAUACGUUCUUCAAGAUCCUGACAGCGCUAGAGACCUGGUGCAACGACGAAGUCGAAUACUCGCGCAGCCGAGCGCUGACGUACAUUGCCGAUCUCCUGAACGCCAAGCCGGAGCAAGAGGAGAAUCUCCUUCGACUGUUGGUGAACAAGGUUGGAGAUACGAACCGCAAGGUCGCGUCGAAAGCGUCGUUUCUGCUGCUGCAGCUGCAGACCAAGCAUCCGGCCAUGAAGGAGACGGUCAUCAACGCCAUGGAGGCUGACCUGAUUUUCCGUCCGGGUCAAAACGAUCAUGCCAAGUACUACGCGGUCAUCACAUUGAACCAGACGGUGCUCAGCAUGAAGGAGCAGACGCUGGCGAAUAAGCUGUUGGACAUCUACUUCGGCCUGUUCCUAGUAUUACUAAAGAUAUCAGAGAAAAACGAGAACACCCCGGUGGUCAAGGCACCCGAGCCGGAGCAACGGCGCAAAUUCAACAAGAAGAAAGGAAAACCGCUCCCAUCUGACAAGCCGGCGGAAGAGCUCAACGAGAAGCUGGUGUCCCAAAUUCUUGCUGGCGUCAACCGAGCGUUCCCAUUCGCGGAUACCAGCGAUGCGACCUUCGAAGCACACAUUGACACUAUCUUCCGGGUCACUCAUUCGUCCAAUUUCAAUACCGGCAUUCAGGCUUUGAUGCUACUGCAGCAGUUCACCAGCAGAAAACAUCUGGCGGUCGACCGAUAUUACCGGGUGCUCUACGAGUCGCUUCUCGACCCUCGACUUCUGACGUCCUCGAAACAGAUCAUGUAUCUGAAUCUGCUGUACAAGUCGCUCAAAUCGGAUGUUAGCAUCAAACGAGUCAAGGCUUUCGUCAAGCGACUACUGCAGGUCACGACAUUACAUGAGCCUUCGUUCGUCUCAGGCGUACUAUACCUUGUCCAUGAGCUCAACAAGACCAUCCCCAACCUUCAUUCUAUGCUCAGCCAGCCCGAAGAAGGCGCCGACGAUGAACGCGAGCACUUCGUCGACGUCCCCGAAUCCCCUACCGAUGCCCCUCCCCAAACCACCGAUACUGCCCCGCGCCCCCGCUACGAUCCUCGCAAGCGCGACCCCGAACACAGCGGCGCCGAGCACACCUGCCUCUGGGAGCUCGUACCCUACCAAAUCCACUACCACCCGUCCGCGCAGCUCUUCGGCUCCCGCUUCCUCUACUCGGAGGAAAUGCCCCCCAAGCCCGAUGCCACACACCACACGCUGAUCCACUUCCUGGACCGCUUCGUCUACCGUGGCGCGCGCGCCUCCAAGGCGACAUCGACGCGCGGCGUCUCGAUCAUGCAACCGCUCGCGGGCACGGGGGCGGAGGACGUGCUGAUCAAGAGCAAGGCGGGCGGGAUGGCGGAGGCGCCGUUGAAUGAGCAGAGUUUCUGGCAGAAGAAGGUGGAGGAGGUACCGGUGGAUGAGGUGUUCUUCCAUAAGUACUUCAACCAGCCGGCGAACAAGAAGAAGAUGGCGAACAAGAAGAGGAAGGAUGGCGAUGCUGAGGAGGGGAGCGAUGCGGAUAGCGAGAUGGGCGAUACGGAGGUGUGGAAGGCGUUGGUGGAUUCGCAGCCGGAGUUAGAGGAAGAUGAGGAGGAUGCGGAUGAGUUUGAGGAUGACAACGAAGAUCUGGGCAGCGGGUUCAUGGAGGACGAGGAGGACGAAGACGAAGACGAAGAUGCAGAGGUCGAAUUCGGCGACGACCAAGACGAGGGCGAAGAUGCCGAACUGUCCGAAGUCGAGCUCAACCUCGAGAGCGACGACGACAUGUUCGGCAGCAGCGAUGAGGACGGCGAGCUCCCCGACCACAUGAUGUCGGUGCUCGAGGAGGCAUUAGCAAAGGAGCGCGCGCCGACCACUGCGCCGGCCGAGAAGGAGGAGGAUCCGAAAAAGGCGGGCAGGGCGCGGAAGCGGAAGUUGAAGCAGUUGCCGAUGUUCGCGUCGGCGGAUGACUAUGCGAAAUUGCUGGAGGGGGACGAUGAAGAGUAG